AUGUCCUCCUCUCCCCGUCACUUUGCCGCAGGCGUGUGUCGAGCACAGUUGAAGGACGGAUGCAAGAUCGAGACACUCCGGUCUUGCGGCGACGACUUCGUGCCGAAGCUGCAGGAGCAGCUGACGUGCAGUAAGAAAUUCAUCAACACCUGCGUGGACGGUUUGACGAAGGUCGCUGCUACGCUGGCUGUCGAUGCUUUUGAGGAAGAUGUGGAAAGCAUCUGCAGCGUGGGCUCGGAGAGGCACGAGGCAUACGUGGAAGCCGUUGGCUGCAUGAACUCCGUAGGUAAAAAGCUCAACUCCUGCUGGAGGACAUUCCGAGGAAUCGUGCAGAAGGCUAUAGUCAAGGCACCCAUCAAGGAUGUUCUCCCGUACACAUGCUGCUCAUACCAUGAUUUGGUGGGCUGCACCGACCAGUCGCUGACGCCAUGCGAAAGCACCGGCGGAAAGGAAUUCGCUCUCGACCUGCUCCAACGAGUUUUCGGAGACGCCGUCAACCUGGUGUGCAACAAGUACAAGAAAGGAUCGGAAGCCUGCAAGGCGCUUCCGAAGCUGCCCUCUCUGGGUGCCAAGGAUCGCAAGGUCGACAACUAUGUCGAGCUGUUGGUCGAAGCUGCCGGCACUUGUCGAGCGCAGCUCAAGGCAGGAUGCAAGCUGGAGACUCUUCGGGCUUGCGGCGACGACUUCGUACCUUACGCGAAGAAGACACACCUUUAUUCUUCAGGAGACGAGUUUAAAAAAGCAUGCGAGAACCAGAAACAGCAGAUCGCGUGCACUGGGAAGUUCGUCAACGACUGCAUGGAAGGUGUGAGCAAGAUCGCUUCAUUGCCGGUUGUGAAUGGUUUUAAGAAAAACGUGGAAGGAGUCUGCAACGUGGCUUCGAAGGAACACGAGGCGUUCGGGAAAGCCGUCGGCUGCAUGAACUCUGUCGGCACAAAGCUCAACUCAUGCUGGAGGACAUUCCGAGCAGCUGUGCAGAAGGCUGUAAUCAAGGCACAGGCUAACAAAGUAGUCUUCUACACGUGCUGCUCGUACCAUGAUUUGACGAGCUGUGCCGACCAGUCACUGACACCGUGCGAAAGCGGCGGUGGAAAGCGAUUCGCCCUGGACUCGCUCCUAGGAGUGUUCGGAGAGUCGUUGAAUCUGGCCUGCGGCGAUUACACUGCGGGAUCCCAAGCUUGCAGGGCGCUUCCCAAACUGCCCGACCUGGGUGCGAACGAUCGCCGGAUCGAGAACUACAUCGAGCUGUUGGCCGAAACCGCCAUCGCUCUCGGCCACAAGAACUAGUUGAUCGUGUGCUACGAGUCAACUGUGACCUCGAAGCUACCUACCUAGAGGAAAAGCGCAUUUCGCGCACAAAGCCAGUACAGACUACAUUACAGUGCCAACAGGAAUA